AUGAAGUUCGCCGUUGCCUUUGCCGCUCUCGCCACCUUGGCCGCUGCCAGCCCUCACUCUCCUCCUCCUCCUCCGAAGGGCUGCAAGCCCGCUACCUACUCUUGCCUUCCUCACGACAACGGCUGGCAAGUCUGCAGCACUGCCGGACAAUGGGUCUUUGCCGGCAACUGCCCUCCCAAGACCGUCUGCAAGUUCGACAAGGAGAACGGCAGCCCCUACUGCGUUCCCCCCGGAUUCACCAUCCCAUAA